UUAUACGCAUUCAUAAAGCUGUUAGACCUUGACGGCGUGCUUGUUCAUUCCGCGUGACACUGGUAUGAAGAAACACAAAGUUAGAGCUGGUGAUGUGGGAGCUAUUCAGGCAUCUGAGUCCUUUGCGGUAAUUUCAGAGGACAAGAAACCUACUUUGGAUUGCAGCCAAUGGCCAUUAUUGUUAAAAAAUGUUCAUCUUAUGAAUGUACGCGAGUGCCAUUUUGAGGCCGAUACAACAGGUUACUCUCCUUUACACAGACCUCUGGAUGAAUACAUCAAGAGUGGAGUUAUCAACCUCGACAAGCCAUGCAACCCAUCGUCGCAUGAAGUUGUUGCGUGGGUGAAACGGGCCCUUGGAGUCAACAAAACUGGUCAUAGUGGCACUUUAGAUCCCAAAGUUUCAGGCUGUCUUAUUGUCUGUAUCGACCGUGCUACUAGGCUAGUGAAGUCUCAGCAAAGUGCUGGUAAGGAGUAUGUGUGCAUAUUUAGACUUCACGAGUCCGUGGACGAGAUCAAAAAAAUACAAAAAGCUGUAGAAGGGCUAACUGGAGCAUUAUUCCAGAGACCCCCACUAGUUGCUGCUGUUAAGCGCCAACUCAGAGUUCGUACAAUAUACGAGUGUAAACUGUUAGAGUAUGAAAAAAGUAAAAAUUUGGGGUUAAUAAUGGUGCGCUGUGAGGCUGGGACGUAUGUUCGGACGCUUUGCGUGCAUUUGGGCUUGCUUCUAGGUUGUGGAGGUGUUAUGGAGGAACUUAGGCGGUCGAAAACUGGUUUUAUGUCUGAAAGGGACAACCUGGUCACUAUGCAUGACAUACUAGAUGCCAAGUGGCUUUAUGACAAUAGGCGAGAUGAGACUUAUUUGCGUCGUGUUAUAAUGCCUCUUGAAAAGCUGCUAAUCAAGCACAAACGAAUUAUGCUUAAGGAUACUGCCGUGUGCGCUAUUUGCUUCGGUGCGAAACUUAUGUUGCCUGGCGUACUCCGUUACGACAACGACAUCAAUGUCAACGAUGAAAUAGUCUUGAUGACUACCAAAGGCGAAGCCGUAGCUCUUGGUAGGUCGUUUCAGACUAACAUUAACUUCAAGCUGUCGCACUAAUGACUACUGCAACAAUCGCGACGUGUGACCAUGGAUUAGUCGCAAAACUGAAAAGAGUAAUAAUGGAGCGUGAUCUCUAUCCUCGCCAGUGGGGUCGUGGUCCUGUUUCCAUGGAAAGGAAAAAACUCGUUGCCCAAGGUUUACUUAAAAAGUUUGCCAAAUCUGACGGUGUGACAAAUAACCCGAACUCUGUUGGGUAAGUGGUCAAUGUUUGAUAACGCGUACUUCAGAUCCAAAACCAAAAUGGAAGUAAGUGAGGCUGGGGAAGCUGUAACGUAAGUUCACUAUUUAUCUUCGAUAUCUUUCAUAGACGGCGAAUUAAAGCACCAAAUCCUUCCGACUCAAGUGACGAUGAAAUGACAAGCAAAAAUUUGAACGAUCACGACAGCUUAUGGUUACUGUAGGAUUUUUUCCAACCUCUUUGUGAACUCUGGUGUGCUAUGGCCUUACUCGGUUUGAUACUACUAGGACAAUGAACCAACACUGAACCCUUAUCACAAUUCGUCCAUCAGGCUGAGCGGAUUUAAAGCCCAACAGGAGAACACUGGAUAUUGAAUAGUAGAUGGGAAGUGUGGAAUGAGAUUGAGUGUCAACUCUGGAACAUAGUUGAGGCGGUAUAGCUCGGCCAUCCAGAAGUGAUCAUUGCGACCCCUUCAUUUUUAUUUUGAGCAUAUCAUUUCAUCCGUAAGCUUGAUUGUUUUCUUCAAAGUUUCCCA